AGGAAUCUGCCUUUCAUGCGUGAAUUGAGGUACCUGUUUGCACUUCUAGUUGGUUCAAAGAGAAAAUAUGUUGAUCCAUCAAGGGCAGUUGAAAUCCUUAAAGAUGCUUUUAAAUCAAAUGAUUCCCAACAGCAAGAUGUUAGUGAAUUUACACACAAAUUAUUAGAUUGGCUAGAAGAUGCCUUCCAAAUUAAAGCUGAAGAAGAGAGGGAUGGAGAGAAACCAAAGAACCCAAUGGUGGAGUUGUUUUAUGGACGAUUUCUCGCAGUAGGUGUACUUGAAGGUAAAAAGUUUGAAAACACAGAAAUGUUUGGCCAGUAUCCACUACAGGUUAAUGGCUUUAAAGAUCUGCAUGAGUGCCUAGAAGCUGCAAUGAUUGAAGGGGAAAUUGAAUCUCUCCAUUCAGAAAACUCUGCAAAGUCUGGUCAGGAGCACUGGUUCACAGAGCUUCCUCCUGUCUUAACUUUUGAGCUAUCAAGAUUUGAGUUUAAUCAGGCUUUGGGGAGACCAGAGAAGAUACACAACAAAUUAGAAUUUCCUCCAAUUUUGUAUCUAGACAGGUAUAUGCACAAAAACAGAGAAAUAACAAGAAUUAAGCGAGAUGAAAUCAAGAGACUCAAAGAGUACCUCACAGUUUUACAGCAGAGAUUAGAACGAUAUUUAAGCUAUGGUUCUGGUCCUAAACGAUUCCCCUUGGUAGAUGUCCUGCAGUAUGCCCUGGAGUUUGCCUCCAGCAAGCCGGUGUGCACGUCCCCUGUGGAUGACCUGGGUGCCAGUGCCCCCGCCAGCAGCACACUGCCACCACAGAUCCCUCCCAGCACAAUAGAGCAGCAAGGGCCUUCAUCAUCAGAUGUCCCAAGCACAUCUCCUGUACAAAGAUCAGUAAUACAUAAACCAUUCACACAAUCACGGAUUCCCCCUGACCUGCCCAUGCAUCCUGCCCCGAGGCACAUCACAGAGGAGGAGCUCUCUGUCCUGGAGGGCUGUUUGCAUCGCUGGAGGACUGAAGUAGAGAAUGACACAAGAGAUUUACAAGAAAGUAUAUCUAGAAUACAUCGGACAAUUGAAUUGAUGUACUCUGACAAAACAAUGGUCCAAGUACCUUAUAGGUUGCAUGCUGUCCUAGUUCAUGAGGGUCAAGCAAAUGCAGGACACUACUGGGCAUAUAUUUAUGACCACCACCAGAACAGAUGGAUGAAAUAUAAUGAUAUUUCUGUGACAAAGUCAACCUGGGAAGAGUUGGAACGGGACUCUUUUGGUGGUUACAGGAAUGCCAGUGCAUAUUGUUUAAUGUAUAUCAAUGACAAGGAGCAGUACUUGAUACAAGAGGAGUUUAACAAAGAAACGGGGCAGAUUCUUGUUGGAAUGGACACGCUGCCUUCUGAUCUAAGGGAUUAUGUCAAGGAAGACAAUAAACGUUUUGAAAAAGAACUUGAAGAGUGGGAUGCAGAACUUGCUCAGAAAGCACAGCAGGAGAAAUUGUUAUCUCAGAUACCCAGGGCACCAGCACCCUCACCUGCUCCAGUUCAAGCAGGAGAACCAGAGUAUUUAGAGCAGCCAUCAAGAGCUGAUAUUUCAAAGCACUUAAAAGAAGAUUCUGUUCAAGCAAUCAAUAAAGCUUUAGCUGAACAAGAAGAUAGAGGUCCAGAAGCUAUAAUGGAUACGAGCUCUGAUAAUGCCCCAGCUCAAGCAGCUCCUACCCAGCGAGUGGUAGAGGUGGCGAUCCCUGAUGUAGGGACUUUUGUGAUUGAGUCAGAGGAGGGGGGUUAUGACGAUGAGGUCAUGCUGACCCCGAACAUGCAAGGUAUUAUCAUGGCUAUAGGUAAAGCCAGGAAUGUUUAUGACAGGUGUGGGCCAGAAGCAGGGUUCUUUAAGGCAAUUAAAUUGGAAUACACACGUCUGCUAAAAUUAGCUCAGGAAGAUCCACCACCUGAAUGUGAUUAUCGUUUGCGUCAUGCAGUUGUUUACUUCAUCCAAAACCAGGCACCAAAGAAGAUAAUUGAGAGAACAUUACUGGAGCAGUUUGGAGAUCACAAUCUCAGUUUUGAUGAAAGGUGCCGUAACAUAAUGAAGGUUGCUCAGGCCAAACUUGAAAUGAUAAAGCCAGAUGAAGUAAACAUGGAGGAAUAUGAGAGAUGGCAUCAAGACUAUAGACAUUUCAGGGAAACAACCAUGUUUCUCAUGGUAGGAUUGGAGUUUUUCCAAAAGAAGAGUUACAUGGAAGCCUUGCUGUACCUUAUCUAUGCUUACCAGAAUAACAAAGAACUCUUGUCCAAAGGCCCGUACAGAGGGCACGACGAAGAGCUGAUAUCUCACUACAGACGAGAGUGUUUGCUAAAACUAAAUGAACAUGCUGCAGCACUGUUUGAAUCAGGAGAUGAUCAGGAAGUAAACAAUGGCCUGAUCAUAAUGAACGAGCUUAUUGUCCCGUGUUUGCCAUUACUACUUGUGGAUGAAAUGGAAGAGAAAGAUAUUGUUGCUGUGGAAGAUAUGAGAAACCGCUGGUGUUCCUAUCUUGGACAAGAAAUGGAACCCAACUUGCAAGAAAAACUGACAGAUUUCCUGCCAAAACUGCUAGAUUGUUCUACAGAGAUUAAAGGUUUCAAUGACCCGCCAAAGUUACCCUCCUACUCCACACAUGAACUGUGUGAAAGAUACGCCCGAAUCAUGUUGUCACUCAGUCGAACUCCAGCCGAUGGGAGAUAAAUUCUGCAGACCUUC